UGUCCAUCCUACAUCCAGGUGUUUCUGUUAGCGGGAAGGAAGAGGAAAAAAAGCACAACCUCAAACUACCUGAUCUCCAUCGACCCCACUGACCUUUCCAGAGGAGGAGAAAACUUUGUUGGGAAGCUCAGGUCAAAUCUGAUGGGAACAAAAUUCACUGUGUUUGAUAAUGCACUGCAUCCGGACAGAGCUCUGCCGGACAUGUCUAACGCACGGCAGGAAUUAGCAGCCAUCAUCUACGAAACAAAUGUUUUGGGCAUGAAAGGGCCGAGGAGAAUGAUUAUAGUAAUACCUGGCAUGAACAAAGAUGGCGAUCGAGUCCCCAUACGACCACGUAGUGAAAACGAUGGCCUCCUCGUUAGACAUCAAAACAGAAAUAUGGAAAAUCUGAUAGAGCUGCGCAAUAAGACGCCAGUGUGGAAUGAAGAAACCGCUUCACAUGUGCUGAACUUUAAUGGCAGAGUCACACAGGCCUCCAUCAAAAACUUUCAGAUUGUCCAUAACAAAGACCAGGACUACAUUGUGAUGCAGUUUGGGAGAAUUGCAGACGACGCCUUCACUCUGGACUACAGGUAUCCUCUGUGUGCCGUACAAGCCUUCGCCAUCGCUCUCUCCAGCUUCGACGGCAAAAUUGCCUGCGAGUAAAAAUCUAAUGACGUCCUGCUGGCAUCUUUUUUUUUCCACAUGCAGUUUUGAUAUCCUCUAGGAUGGGCUGAAAUGAAAGGAUUGAUGAUCUGGAGAAAGAAGGUGCAUUGAAAUGGUUAAUUUGUGAUGCAAAUGACCCCUGGUGAUGAGGAAGGUCACGUUAGAUUAAUUGCGUGAUUGAAAAAGGGACAGUGUUUAAUUUUUUUUUAGCAAAUACUACUGGUCUAUUGAAUGCUUGGUUCUGAUUGGCUGAUGAACAUUCUAAAUUUUGCAGUCAUUUUCAGAUGAAUGCACAGCUAAAGUAGUUCCGGCAUGUUUUGUGUCCGGUUUCAUAUCAGUACACUGAAAGAUUGCAGCAACAUAGGCUUAUUCUGAAAAUGUAGCCCUAUAUACAUUUCUGGAGAUCACAAAUUAUGUAGCCAGAAAUAUGCA